AUGUCCAAUCCUUGGAUUAAAUUCAUACACACCGCGCUAACUCACCCAAAGCACACGCCAUGGAUUGUGGCUUUGCUUGUCCUGGGUGAUGCGGCUCUAUGCGCGCUGGUCAUCUGGAAGAUCUCCUACACCGAGAUUGACUGGUCCACCUAUAUGCAGCAAGUAUCUCUCUAUAUAGCCGGUGAACGAGACUAUACUGCGAUCAAGGGCUCGACCGGACCUCUGGUCUACCCCGCCGCACAUGUCUACAUCUACACCUUGCUCCAUGACCUGACCGAUGGAGGACGCGAUAUCCUCCUCGGUCAGAUCUUCUUCGCAGGCUUCUACCUUGCUACCUUGAUCGUUGUCAUCGCCUGUUAUAGACAGGUCGAGAUUCCUCCUUACCUUUAUCCGCUACUAGUUCUGUCCAAGCGGCUUCAUAGCAUCUUCAUGCUGCGCAUGUUCAAUGAUGGCAUUGCGGCGUUCGCUAUGUGGGUGGCUAUUUACUUGUGUAUGAAGCAGAAAUGGACCGCUGGUAUCGCGAUCUGGUCUUUGGGAGUGGGUGUCAAAAUGACAUUGGUCCUGCUCGUCCCGGGAAUUGCUAUUAUCACUCUGCUGAGCUUGGGUUUGGUACAAAGCAUCGUUCUUGGUGCCAUGGCUGUCCUGAUUCAGGUGUUGCUUGGGAUCCCAUUCCUCCAGGAAAACCCAGUGGGCUAUCUAUCCAAGGCCUUUGAACUAUCCCGGCAAUUCAUGUUCAAAUGGACGGUAAAUUGGCGAUUUGUCGGCGAAGAGACUUUCCUCUCGAGAGAGUUCUCAUUGGGUUUGCUAGUCUUGCAUAUUUCAUUGUUGGCUAUCUUCUCGAUUAUAUGGGUGAAGCCGUCCGGGACCAACGUGGUCCGAUUCCUCAUGGACAGCAUCCAGGGCCACCAGCCACCCGUGGCACUCUCGAGAUCAUUCAUCAUGACCGUACUGCUGAGUUCGCUAGCUAUUGGCUUGCUGUGCGCCAGAUCAUUGCAUUACCAAUUCUUUGCAUAUCUGGCAUGGGCCACCCCGUUCCUCCUCUGGCGCGCAGGCCUCCAUCCAAUCCUUAUUUAUACUGCGUGGGCACUGCAGGAGUGGGCUUGGAACGUUUAUCCCAGUACUAACGCUAGUUCUGCGGUUGUGGUCUUGUCGCUCGUUCUGCAAGUGCUCGGUGUGCUUGUCAAGGGGCUUGGCGAGGUGGACAGCAGGCGCGGUGGAGCUGGCGGCCGUAAGAAGGCUCGCGCUCAAUGA